CCGGCGCGCGCUCCCGCCCUCCUACCCCUCUCCCCGCGGGCCGGGCGGGCGGCGGCGGCAUCGCCAUGGGCUGCUUCUUCUCCCGCCGCAGGAAGCCGGCGCAGGGCGGACAGCAGCAGCAGGCACCGGGGAGCGGCCAAGAGGCGGCGGGCGGUGAGGAGAAGGCGCCGCCGCAGCCGCAGUACAGCUGGGACCAGCGAGCCAAGGUUGAUCCCAAAGAUUACACUUUUUCCGGACUUAAAGAUGAAACUGUGGGUCGACUGCCUGGAAAAGUAGCAGGGCAACAAUUUGUCAUUCAGGACUGUGAGAAUUGUAGUAUCUACAUAUUUGACCAUUCUGCUACAAUCACUAUUGAUGACUGUGUAAACUGCCGAAUCUUUUUAGGACCAAUAAAAGGUAGCGUCUUUUUCCGUGACUGCAAAGACUGUAAAUGCAUAGUGGCCUGCCAACAGUUUCGCAGUCGGGACUGCAAAAAGCUGGAGGUAUUCUUGUGCUGUGCCACCCAGCCCAUUAUUGAGUCCUCCACAGGUAUGAAAUUCGGAUGUUUCCAGUACUACUAUCCUGAGCUUGCUUUACAGUUUAAAGAUGCUGGACUGAGUAUCUUCAAUAACACAUGGAGCAACAUCCAUGACUUUACCCCUGUGUCAGGAGAAAAUAAUUGGGGCCUUUUGCCCGAGGAUGCAGUAGUACAAGAUUACGUUCCUCUGCCCAGCUCUGAGGAGCUGAAAGCUGUCAGAAUUUCUACCGAUGCUACGAGGAGCAUAAUACCAAUAACUCGAGGGCGGAGACACAAAAGCAGCGAUGAAUCGUGUUUGGCCGUGUUUUUUGCUGGUGACUACACAACUGCAAAUGCCAGGAAGUUAAUUGAUGAGAUGACUGUCAAAGGCUUUCAGCUGGUACAGACUAAAGAAGUCUCAAUGAAGGCAGAGGAUGCUCACAGAGUUUUCCAGCAGUGUGCAUCAGAAUUCAUUCCACUACUCGAAAAAGGUCCAGUGGUUGCUUUGGAGUUUAAUGGCGAUGGUGCUGUGGAAGGAUGUCAAAGCACUAUAAAUGAUGUUUUUAGUGGGACCAAGGUUUUUGUAUCGGAGAGCAAGGCAUCAGCGUCUCAAGAUGUAGACAAUUUCUACAACUUUGCCGACAUGCAGAUGGGAAUGUGAAGUUUGAUAUGAAGCUGUUCACGUAUGGUUUGUCUUGGCACUUCGAUGUCACUUGGCUUGAAUGUUGCAAUAGUAUCUGAGAAGUUUUGUCAUUUGGUUUUGUAUUUCUCAUAUCUGUUUUAUAAAGCUAUCAGUGGUUUUAAUACCAUAUUACCUGAACUGGAGUAAAUGGCAUAGCUCCCCAUGUGCGUUGUGUUUGAAACUUAUGUUUUGACUCCAGAAACAAUGAAGGUUUUCUACUAACUUUUUACAGUGAUUUCUAAACUUGUAUUGACGCUUGAAUGUUUCUUGUCAACAUCUAAUGGUAAAACAUAUUUGAAAAGUGCAAUGCUGAUCCAAAUUUGAUGCAGUAGUAAUUGUUAUCUUUAACUCAGACACGUUGUUUAGAAAGCGCAAGGCUGCACAAAACUCACUGUUCAAAACUUUCCCACAUGCAAAUUUGUCUUCGUUGGGGUCAGGGAGGAAGCUGUAGUUGCUGAAUUUUUCUGAAAGCCUAGGCUGAAAUGAGUUCUCCUUAUAGCAUGCUUUCAGAAGCAGUGUGUGACAUUGACAUACAAAAUGUACAUCUGGCUUAUUCUGUUUCAGCAUCUUUUUUGAAUAAACUUGUUUGCAGCAGCACUUACACUGAGAGUUGUCGUAACAGCAGUCGGGUAAGUGAGCACUUGCCAGGCUUUCUGCCCUGAGGUGAAUUCUGAGCACGAGGGCUCUGCCAAAGAUGCUCCAAGGUCCACCAGGAUCUCUGGCAAUUCAGCUGCCUCUGGUAUUCCCAGGUCAUGUAUGGGACAUACGUGAGAUUCCUUUGGACCAGAGCGAUGAGUCUCUGGCACCUUUGUUGUUUGCUAGAAGGGACAUACAGCAACCAGGGGCCAGAGAAGGGCUCUGAUGGCAUUAAAAAGGCUCUUCCUGCCUAGACCCCAGGAGAAAGGUUUUAGACUCAGUAGUAGUACUGAAAAUUUGGCUGUAAAGUACUACACACUGCUGUAGGGUUUAUCUUGGAUGAAUUCUAAAAACAGACCAAAGAAGUGCUACCAGCAUUUUGGGAGAUGCAUUUGAAUAGGGAUCAGUAAGGACACUGAUUGUUAUAUAGUGCAUAUUAGAAUGCAAAUCUAUAUGGAUGUUAAAUACACGAUUGAUUUAUUUUUACAUAUUACAUCCUUACUGAUUUUUUUCUACACAAACUUAAAGCUUGUGUCCAGGUUUACAAGCCCUCUGUAAUACUUGAACGGUUUGUGCAUGCAGACACACAAAACCAAAUUGCUUAAUUAAAAUAGUGGCUUGCCAGUUUAGCCUUUACAAUCCAUUGAACGGACUGGGGCUGUGUUGAGGUGCUAAAGCAAUAAUUUCCUCAUUAUGGUCACCUGUCAAAAGGGAAGAUCUUGUGCAUCUUAACUGAAAAUGAGUCUCGACUCAUCAGUUUCACAGCUCUGGAGCUCCAAAAGCGGGUGGCUAAAAACACAUCUCUCUCUCAUUUUUUAGAAUUAGCACAGGAAAGAAUCUGUUCUCCUGGAAUUCCUAAUUCUGUCAUGCCCAAGACAUGUUCUGAGCUGUCAUUUUGUUGCUACUACGCAAAUGCUUGCCCUUAGUUUAAACUGUGUAUCGAGAAUAUGUCCUUAGGACCUCUUGUUAAAUUUACGCAUAGACUAAAUAAGGAAGAAUAUCUCUUGAAGUCACUAAACUGUUAGUGUACUGAAGGUAAGAAAAAUGUCACUUUUGUGAAUGUUUUUAUUUGACAAAGUGAAGUAAAACCAAACUGUCACCAGAAUCUGACUAGUGGUGGAAAUUACCACUUAUUUGCACUUAGCCGGCCAGGAUUUUUUUUAUAUGUGUGAGGAGAGGCUGUGAAAACAGCUGGAAAUCUUAGAUCAGUCUCCGAAGUACUAUCACAACUCAUCAAUGAACGUUCGCAGGAAUUAUUCUAGAUACGUACAGUAAAUGUAUUUUUCUGGUAUGGACAGUACAUUAAAUUGUAUAAUGUACUUCAGAACUGUCAUUGUGUAAUUUAUCUAAGUAGCGGGUAUGUUGAACCGUCUUGGUCUCUAAACUUUUACACGUAACAUUUCCAAACUUGUACCUGAUACGGUACAAGACUGAUUAUAUGUAUGUUUAUAGUUUAUUUUUUGUAUCAUCAACCUGCUCUGGAAAAACAGUGCUAAAUUGAUUUUUUUUUUUUAAGUAGUUUUGCUGGAGGACAGGAUGAUUAAUUGAAAAUUAAUCUAGGCUUGAAACAGUGGAAAAACUUCUACAUGGUAGAAAAGAGCAGCGUUGCUUUUUUUUUUUUUAACAUGGAUAGCCUGCUUAUCAACAUGAGUUUUUAAUAAAAAAAAUCACCUGAACAAUGAAGGAGUUUUUCAAUCCAAUUAUUUAUCUUUUGACUUUAAUUUCUUGCUAACAGGUGUUGAGAACACUUCUAGCUUAAGCAUCAGGUAUUGUAUGUGUUACGGAAUGGUACGUGCUUCAUGUAGUCUUUGUAUGUUUGUUGUAUAGCUUUUUAUGUCAUUUGUAUUGCACUGUGAAUGUGAUUCAUAAUAAACAUUGAAAA